AGACACGAUGCUGCCUCCCAUGGCCCUGCCCAGAAUGUCCUGGAUGCUGCUCUCCUGCCUGAUGCUCCUAUCUCAGGUGCAAGGUGAAGAUACCAAGGAGGAGUCUCUUCCAAAGAUCAGCUGUCCCAAAGGCUCUUAUGCCUUUCGCUCCCACUGCUAUGCCUUGUUUAGGACAGCAAAAACCUGGCCUGAUGCAAAUUUGGCCUGCCAGAAGCGAUCUGACGGAUUUCUCGCAUCUGUGCUCAGUGGAGCUGAGUCAUCCUUCUUGGCCUCUCUGGUCAAGAACAAUUUGAACACCUGCGAUUACAUCUGGAUUGGGCUCCAUGAUCCCACAGAGGGCCUGGAGCCCAAUGCAGAUGGAUGGGAGUGGAGUAAUAAAGAUGUAAUGAAUUACUUUGCCUGGGAGAAAGUCCCCGCCAGCAUCCCAACCUCUGGCCAUUGUGGGAGUCUGUCGCGAAACUCAGGAUAUCUGUUUUGGAAAGAUUAUAACUGUAAUGAGAAGUUACCCUAUGUCUGUAAGUUCAAGGGUUAAAUCACGUGGGAGUCAGCAGCCUGCGUUGGGAUGCAGCUCAUCGUGGGAUCAAGUGAAGACCCACCCCGGAAAGGAAUAUUUUCCCCACAUCCUCAAGCCUGACCUCUUCUUUGUUUACCUUCCCUCCUCCUCCCCUUAAUUUCAAGCUUUUAAUGCC